GCGUGUAAAAGUUGUAACCAAAAAUACCUGUCAAAUGGCAAGAUAAAACAAUAGUAAAGAGCCCCUGCGCCAGUGCUACGGGUGUUUGAAAAAAGUGAUUGCGAAAUACGUUGCAGGGGAAAGAAAUGUGUAAUAGGAGUGAAGUCGUCGUGUAAUAGAAGGAGACGUCAUCUCAUAUCAGAAAAGCGGGCGAUCAACGACGAAGCGUAUGGCGGAAGCAGCCGCCAAUAACAAAGGCACUGGUUCCUCCUCCAACGACAUCUGAAGGCGCACACGAUUUUAUUUGAAAUAAACGCAGGCACGAACAUAUCCAAACAUGUUUUGACCUGCCGCCUGCCGUCUUCUGUGACGCCUUCGCCUUCCUCUUAGCCGCCUAUCAGGCCUAUCAGCGAGCAAUCAUCAAACCAAACUAUGUCUUUCUCCGAUUUCGAUGCCAUCUACGAGGAUGAGCAGCUGGAGGAGUUGGAGCACUUUCAGGAUCAAUCGGUGGCGCCAGUGCCCGAGCCCAUCAUUAUUCGGGGCGCAGGCAAUAUGACUGUAUUUGGCCUGAGCAAUCGCUUCAAUUCAGAGUUUCCAUGUGGCCUGCUGUCGCGCGUGGCCCCCGAGGAGUUCAAGGCGACUGUGGGUCGCAUCAAUGGAGUUCUGAAGAAAUCCCUGCCCGUCAAUGUCAAGUGGCUCUUCUGUGGCUGCGUCUGCUGCUGUUGCACGCUCGGCUGCUCCCUCUGGCCCGUCAUCUGUCUCAGCAAACGCACACAGCUCACUCUGGACAAACUGUUCGAAUGGGAGAAUAAUCAUCUAUAUCAUAAGCUGGGUCUGCACUGGCGACUGCAUAAGCAACAAUGUGAUUCCAAUUCCAUGAUGGAGUAUGUUAUUUUAAUUGAAUUUAUACCCAAAACGCCCAUCUAUAGGCCGGACUAGAUAGGGGCUCCUCUCUCUCUCCCCCAAUCAAGCGCCGCACAGCACAGGGAGCAGAGCCAAUGGGAUCGGGGGGCACACGUAAUGGUAAUUGUAAAAUAAAACACUAGCUGCUAACAAAACAAAAAACACAAAUACACACCUUGCUUUAGGCCUAACCAGAAUUGUAAACUAACCCGCGAUCAGGCGAAAGAGAGAGCACGCAAAGGGGGCAUGGCAUUAACUAGUUUAGUGCAUUCGCAGAUUGUCAUUUUAAGCCUAGUAAUAUUUAAUAUUUAGUUUAAACAAAUUUUGGGAAACAUUCUAGAACUAAGAACAAUUGAUUUUUUUCUUUUCAAUUUUUGUUUUUCAAACUAAUGCAAUACUUACAAGUAAAUAUACUUCAUGUAUUUCUUGUUAGAAAACUUUAAUUGAAUUUGGUCUGUAACGUAGCCCAGAAACGAAUCCAUCAAAUUAUAAAGAAGAUUGGUUUGUUCCUUCUGUUGAUAGUAGCAUAUCAUUCAUAAUGUAUUCUUUAUCAUAUGUGUGUACCUUUUAUGUAUGUAUGUACGUACGUAUAUAUGUGUUUUUGUUGUUUCAAAUAACUUUACAGCACUUUGGAUGAUCCAUGCUUGUGGCACGGACAAUCGGUGAACAAUAAAUACAUUUAAAUUAAA